AUAAACCCUAGCAUAGGAAGAGAGUAACUUUCGAAGACUCACUCGUUACUGUAAAUCUUCGCCUAAACAGUAGAAUUUGGGGGAGACCAAUUUUCCCUCCAAAAUCCAAUCCCAAACUUCUCAUCCCUCCGCAUUUUCCCUCCGCUUCUCAACCCUAACCUACUCUCUCUCUCUCUCUCUCUGCCUCUGAUCCGUUCACCGUUCUCACUUGCUUCGACGCGCUUCGUAGCUAGGGUUUUGAGUACGGACGGAUACCGAUCGCGCCGGAGGUGACGAUGGGUUCGAUUGGAGACCCCGGUGACGAGACUCAACCAGUGGAGACGGAUUCUAGUCCUGAUCAUAGCGACAACGACGAGACUCAGCCCGUUGACAGCCUGCCUUCUUCGCCUUCGCAGCCCGGCAAGAAGAUCGAAGAUAAGGAUUUUGAUGACUUUCAGUUCCUGCAAAGUACAUUGCCAUUUGUUGAUACAAUUCCACUUGAAGAUGUGUUGGAGACCCAGUUUGUCAAUUUUGCUGGUGAAACUCAAGUACUGGAUGAUGCUGAUGAUGUUGAAGAUAUGGGCACCCAGUUGUUAGACGACUGCAAGGAUGAAGAAGCUGGUACUGAUGGUGGAGAAACAGAUACAACAGAAGUAUUGGCUGAUGAUGACAUAUCUGAAGAUGAUUCCAGAAAAAGAGUUUGCACUUUUGUAGUUGACCGGGAAAAUAAGCUCUUUAGCACUACUUCAAAGCAAGAUGAUACAAGAUCUAAAGCAGAAUUGGAUGAUUUGGUUGAUGAAAAUUGCAGUUCAGGAUCUCUACGAAGGGAUUUCACUUCAGUUCGUGCAGCAGCACUGCGGGCCUCUGGUUUGGCAGCUCGUAGCAUGGAUUUUAAGAGAGCUGACACUGAGCUACAUUCUCUAAAGAAGGAUAGUCAAUCUUCAAAACUUCAUACUGCUGAGGGUAAUGGGAUAGCUUCUAUUAGAGAUUCAUCAGCACUCAGAAUGCAAGUUGAUCAGGAGGAUUUUUCUGGGAAUUACAAUGAGCAAAUGAAGGGAUCAAGGGAUGAUAACAAGUGCAGGGUUGGUAGUUCAACGGUGAGGAGACUUUUUAUGGAUGAGAUAGUUCCUGCUUUUAGAGGGCCUAAUAGUGAUACAACUAACGCUGAUGGACGAGCAGACUUGCCUCAGUUUCCUGCUUGUGGCAAUGAAAUGGCAGGGUUAAGCUAUGUUGAUUCUCAAGAACCUGGAGACUUUUCGCAGGCCAAUGCACUAGAUUUUGUGGACAAGUUUCUUAAGGUUAAUGUCAUGGAUUUGGAUCAAGAAGUUGGCUUAGGAAGGUCCAAUGGGGAAAAAUCAAAGCCUGUCUCAAGUGCAAAAGGGACUCAUAGUCUGGCUAAAAGAACUCAUCUUGAAAGUGCAGUUGGAGAAAGAGGGAUAUAUGAUUGGGAUGAUGCCUGUGAAGAUGAAGGAGGGGGAGAGUUCUUUUCCAGAAAAAAGGAAGCAUUUUUUGACAAUGGAAGUAAGAGGCGGAGAUCUUUUACCCAACCACAGAAGCUGAAGCAUCUGGACACCAAAAUAAGUGGGGCUGUUGCUAAAACUGGAGACAAGGAACAACAACUAGAUAUCAGCACAACAGAAAGGGUAUCAGCAAUUUCAAAAUCAGGAUUGCAUAAGUCAAACAUGAAUGACAAGACAGCAAAAGUAACAGAAACAAAAUCUAAAAAAAAUCUUACCAAGGAAUUGAAUAAGCAGUUAAAUAUUGGUCCCUCAGAUGAGAUGGAAGCCACGGGCACUACUGAGGAUAUGUCAGAUAUUGUAGGUUUUGAUACUCAAAUGGCUGCUGAAGCUAUGGAGGCAUUGUGCUUUGGAUUGGAUGCGGGUGAACAUGACAAAACAGACACCAACAAAGGUACCAACCAAGGUACCAUAGAUGCGGAUGAGGGUUCUGCCAGGGGAGGAAAGGAGAAUAGAGCACAGUCAAAGAAUGAUUCCCUGCAGAAGGGAUCAAGUUUAUCUAGAUCUGGAGUUCGAAAAAGAAAUUCAAAGCAGAGAAGGAAUGUUUGUAACGAGUUGCGUAAAGAAUCAAGUUCUUCAUCAGGGAAGCGAGCUAAGAAUGUGAGAAAGCAAUGUGAUAGUGAGUUAGUAAAGGUAAAACUGAGUAACAAAAAGAAAAAUGUAGGACGCUCUGCCAAUAAUUGGAAUAAAGGCAUGGAUAAAGUACCUUCUGGGGUUAUUGAGCACAUAGAAGAAGGAAGAUGUCUGAAACAAAGUGACCUGGAUGAGGUUGAUAGAUGUCAUAUAGUUGAAUCUGGUCGGUCUCUAUCAGGUAAGAAACGCCACUUGGAAGAGCAAGUUCCUCCUAAUUUUACACCCAUAGCUCAUCGAACUAGGAAAUGCAAGGUAACAAAUGCAGGGAAUGCAUCAUUUGGUUCUCGAGAAGGGGCGCAUCUGACUGAAGCCCAUCCCAUCCAUAAUAGAAGGGGCAGUAGUUUGGAGAAGUUUUCUAAAUUGCAUCCCAGUCAUUCUGGAGAACUAGAGAAUAUCAAAUCGAAUGAAGAGGAUAAAUCAGCUGCUAGGUUUGCUUCUGACAGCAUUGGUCACUUGAGUUAUAGAAAAGGAAAAAGAUCUCAUAGAAAAUUGUCAGGUCAGUUAGAUCCUCUGAGACUUUCCAUGGAUCUAAGCAUGAAAAAGAGAACUCGGUCAUCUGCACGUGUUGCUUCAGUUGUGCAAUCCUUGGAUGGGAACUCCAACGGUGGCUUAUUUCAGCAGAGUGGGGGUAAAGGAGGUUCAGGGGAUGCCACUACCAUAAUUGAUUGCAUAGAUGGAAUCGUGGUUCCAAAAGAGGUGGUUGGUCCUACUGCAUCCAAGCCAUCUGACUGGCAGAGUGAUGCAGAUAUGAUGUCAGCUGGUCAAGGUACUGCACUGAAUUCCAGGUUAGGAGUUUCGCCAAGUGAUAGAUGCAAUCCAUCAGGUUUGGUAUCUACUACUCCCAUUAAUUCUACCACACCAAGGCAGUCUGCAUCACCCAUUUGUAUGGGUGAUGAGUAUCUCAAACAGUCAUGCAGAAGGAAUUUGUCAAGAUCAUUUCUUAUGAAGGAAAUCAGCAGCUUAAUCUCAAAUGGAUCAGAGCCUACUUCUACAAUAAAAUAUUCUAGGAAGAGGAAAGAUAUGGCCAGCAUUCGAGCGUUGUUCAGUCACCACUUGGAUGAGGAUGUAAUCAAGCAGCAGAAGAAGAUAUUGGCUCGUCUAGGAGCUUCAGUAGCAUCCUCUAUUUUUGAAGCAACACAUUUUAUAACAGAUAAUUUUGUACGGACUAGGAAUAUGUUAGAAGCUAUUGCUUUUGGCAAACCAGUGGUUACACAUUUAUGGCUUGAGAGUUGUGGUCAAGCUAGCUGUUUCAUUGAUGAAAGGAAUUACAUAUUGAGAGAUGCCAAAAAGGAAAAGGAGAUUGGUUUUACCUUGCCAGUUUCACUGGCACGCGCAUGUCAACAGCCACUUUUACAGGGGCAAAAAGUCUUUAUUACUCCCAAUACAACUCCUGGUAAAGAAAUUUUGGCGAGCUUGGUUAAGGCUGUUCAUGGCCUGGCUGUGGAAAGAAUUGGUAGAUCAGCAUUGAAGGACGAUAAAAUUCCAGACGACCUGUUGGUUAUAUCCUGUGAGGAAGAUUAUGUCAUUUGUGUACCUUUUCUUGAGAAAGGAGCAGCAGUUUACAGUUCGGAGCUGCUAUUGAAUGGAAUAGUUACACAGAAGCUGGAGUAUGAAAGACAUCGUCUUUUUGUUGAUCGGGUCAAGAGAACCAGAUCCACCAUAUGGGUGAAAGAAGACUCUAGUCGAUAUCGUCCUGUGACAAAAUGCAAAUGAGAAUGGUUUUGCCCUUAUUUAUUUUUGUAUCUACUUGGGGCAUGUCUUUUUUUUUUUUUUUUCAUUUAUUUGUUCAUUGCUUGGAGAGGAGGUUGAUGGAUGCUUAUCUGCCAUCUCGUAGAGAAUAGUCCAAUGUAUAUAUUCUUCCAACUCA